AAGUAAAGCCGCUUGUAUAAAAGCCUCGUUGAGAUCUCUCAAAUCUUCACAAUUCAACUUUGAUCCAGUACUGAUGUGUCUCAAAAAAAUGAGAGCAGUACGACAGAUAUCGCUGACAUUGAUGGUAAGUCUAGGAGUAGUUUACGGCGAACCACCACUGAGCAACCAGUAUGGUGUUCCUGCAAAUUUGCCAGUAAGCAGUAACAAUCACGAAUCUCAUGGAGGCAUAACGAAUAGCUAUGGUGCUCCAUUGGGAUCGAAUGGUCACCAUGAUGAACAUCAGGAUUACAUUGACAGUCAGCCAAAAUCUUAUGAAUUUGGAUAUUCAGUUAAAGACUCAGCAACUGGAAAUGAUUUUGGUCGACAAGAGACCAGUGAUGGUGAAACUGUCCGUGGAGAGUAUCGAGUACAACUUCCAGAUGGACGAAUUCAAAUAGUCACGUAUAUGGCUGAUUGGAGAACUGGAUUUCAUGCUGAUGUUAGAUAUGAAGGCGAAGCAUCUUAUCCAGAUCAAUAUAAUAAUGGAUAUAACAAUGAAUAUAAUAAUAAUAACAAUAACAUCAAUAAUAACAAUGGUUAUAAUUCUGGUUACAAUAAUUUUAAUAAUAAUAACAAUAGCCCUGGUUAUAACUACAAUAAUCCAAAUCCUACCAAUGCAUAUAACCGAGGCAACUUUAAUAAUUACAAUAACAAUGGAUACUUUAAUAAUAAUAAUAAUAAUAAUAAUAAUAAUAAUAAUAACAAUUACCAGCAAUAUGGACCCCCAGGCAACCAGUAUAAUGGAUAUAGUGGAAGUAACACAUUUGGAUCUCAAGGGCCUCAACCAACCUAUAGUACACCACAGUUCAACUAAAUAGAAAAUAAAUUUCUCAUGAAAUUCACUUUACCUAAUCUUCAAAAUGGGGUCCAAUGUGGUGAAUACGAAUGAUCGUAGUUAUUUGAUUGUGGUUAUUGGAGUAUUCACUUGGGUUUUAAAGCCAGUGCAAUAGUGAUAUCAAAGAAUUGUAUGAAUGUGUAUUAUACAUAUCUUAAUUCUCACAAUACAUUGAUGUAUGAGUAUUAUUUCUAAUGUAUAUAGUAGAAGAUCUAAAUUUUCA